AUGGCUGGCAGUGGGUCCAAAUCAGGACCAUCCAGUGGAUUUUCCAUGAAAUCACAGCUUCAAAUCACUGUUAUUUCGGCAAAACUAAAAGAAAAAAAUAAAUGGUUUGGACCUAGCCCUUAUGUGGAAGUCUCAGUAGACGGACAGUCAAAGAAGACAGAAAAAUGCAACAAUACAAAUAGUCCAAAGUGGAAACAGCAUCUUACAGUAAUUGUCACUCCUGUAAGUAAAUUAAACUUUCGAGUCUGGAGCCAUCAGACGUUAAAAUCUGAUGUCCUUCUGGGAAGUGCUGCUCUGGAUAUUCAUGAGACUUUGAAAUCAAACAGUAUGAAACUUGAGCAGGUAGUGGUGACAUUGCAUCUUGUUGGUGACAGAGAACCAGCAGAAGUGGUGGGAGAUUUGUCUGUCUGCCUAGAUGGGAUGCAGGUAGAUCCUGAGCUCGUAACCAACGGUGAUGCCUCCAGUACAAGAAGUCCUACACAAAAUGAUAGCUCCAGAGUAAGGAAUGAUACACGGACUAACUCAAAUGGCCUUGAAAGCUCUGAAGAUGCUGCUCCCAGUGAAACCAAGACUGUUAAUGGCAGUGACUCUCCAUUACUCACAAAUGGAAACUGCAAACCUACUAGACCUCCCAGGCCUUCGAGACCACCUCCGCCCACUCCCCGCAGACCCGUUUCAGUAGCUGCAAGUGUAAAUGGUCCUUCAUCCACAUCCACAGAAAAUGAUGGGGCCAGUGCGGGAUCACCGGCAGGGACAGCUGCAAAUACAUCUGCAGAACAGAGCCCCGAGGGGGCAACAGCUCCAGCAACAGCCCCGACAACAGCUCCUGCAACUGCUGCACUCACCACACCGCCAGUAUCAAGACAAGUCCAGCCAGUAAAUCCUCCACCUCAGGCACUUACCACAGUCAGUCAAGGUCCUCUUCCACCUGGUUGGGAGCAAAGAGUAGACCAACAUGGUCGAGUAUACUAUGUAGAUCAUGUUGAAAAAAGAACGACGUGGGAUCGGCCAGAGCCCCUUCCUCCGAGCUGGGAGCGCCGAGUUGACAACAUGGGGAGAAUUUAUUAUGUUGACCACUUCACGAGAACAACAACGUGGCAAAGACCAACACUGGAGUCUGUCCGAAAUUACGAGCAGUGGCAGCUUCAGCGCAGUCAGCUCCAAGGAGCCAUGCAGCAGUUUAAUCAGAGAUUUAUAUACGGGAACCAGGACUUCUCAUCCACACAGAACAAAGAGUUUGAUCCUCUUGGCCCUCUGCCGCAUGGAUGGGAAAAGAGAACUGACAGCAAUGGCAGAGUGUAUUUUGUCAAUCACAACACACGAAUCACUCAAUGGGAAGAUCCCCGGAGUCAGGGACAACUAAAUGAGAAACCCUUACCCGAGGGCUGGGAAAUGCGAUUUACUGUGGAUGGUAUUCCAUAUUUUGUGGAUCACAACAGAAGAACCACCACAUACAUAGAUCCUCGCACGGGAAAGUCUGCUCUAGACAAUGGACCGCAGAUAGCUUAUGUGCGUGAUUUCAAGGCAAAGGUCCAUUAUUUCAGAUUCUGGUGUCAGCAACUGGCAAUGCCACAACACAUAAAGAUUACAGUGAGCAGAAAAACAUUAUUCGAGGACUCAUUUCAACAGAUAAUGAGCUUCAGCCCUCAGGAUCUACGGAGACGUUUAUGGGUUAUUUUCCCUGGUGAAGAAGGCUUAGAUUAUGGAGGUGUUGCAAGGGAAUGGUUCUUUCUAUUGUCACAUGAAGUUUUGAACCCAAUGUAUUGCCUGUUUGAAUAUGCAGGGAAAGAUAACUACUGCUUACAGAUAAACCCAGCCUCUUACAUUAAUCCAGACCAUCUGAAAUACUUCCGAUUUAUUGGAAGAUUCAUUGCCAUGGCUUUGUUCCAUGGGAAAUUCAUUGACACUGGUUUCUCCCUGCCGUUCUAUAAACGUAUCCUAAACAAGCCCGUAGGACUCAAGGAUUUAGAGUCUGUUGACCCAGAGUUUUACAACUCUCUCAUCUGGGUAAAAGAGAAUGACAUUGAAGAAUGUGGCUUGGAAAUCAUUUUCUCAGUUGAUAAAGAAAUUCUAGGUGAAAUCAAAAGCCAUGAUUUGAAGCCAAAUGGUAGCAACAUUCUGGUCACAGAAGAAAACAAAGAAGAAUACAUUAGGCUAGUAGCAGAAUGGAGACUUUCCCGAGGCGUGGAGGAGCAGACGCAGGCUUUCUUUGAAGGCUUCAAUGAAAUUCUGCCACAACAGUAUUUGCAGUAUUUUGAUGCGAAGGAACUGGAGGUGCUUCUGUGUGGAAUGCAAGAGAUUGAUCUGAACGACUGGCAGAGGCAUACCAUCUACCGGCACUACACCAGGACCAGCAGGCAGAUUGUGUGGUUCUGGCAGUUUGUGAAAGAAAUAGAUAAUGAGAAGAGAAUGAGACUCUUGCAGUUUGUUACUGGAACGUGCAGGUUGCCAGUGGGAGGAUUUGCUGACCUCAUGGGGAGCAACGGACCCCAGAAAUUUUGUAUUGAAAAAGUUGGAAAGGAAAACUGGUUACCUAGAAGUCAUACCUGUUUCAAUCGCUUAGACCUUCCACCCUAUAAGAAUUAUGAGCAGUUGAAGGAAAAGCUGUUGUUCGCAAUUGAAGAAACAGAAGGAUUUGGGCAAGAAUAGCUAAAAUUUGCACCUUGAAGAAUGUGAACUCAACACGAUGUAUGGUC